CUCGAACCACGUCUUCUCCAUCGCUAUAACCACGUUUUCUCUGGUUUCUCAGCAAGACUAUCAGCAGCUGAAGUGAAAGCCAUGGAAAACACAGAGGGCUUCGUAUCGGUGCGCCGCGAAAAAGUUUACGAGCUCCACACAACCCACACUCCCAACUUCUUGGGACUGAACCAGAAUGCUGGUUUCUGGAAAUCUUCCAAUUACGGAAAGGGCGUCAUAAUCGGCAUCCUGGACUCCGGGAUCACACCGGGCCAUCCCUCAUUCAGCGACGAGGGGGUCCCGCCCCCUCCCGCCAAAUGGAAGGGGCGGUGUGACUUCAACUCCUCAGGCUGUAACAACAAGCUCAUCGGAGCGAGAAGCUUCCUCGCUGAGAGCCCAAGCCCGGUCGAUGAGCAAGGCCACGGCACGCACACUUCCAGCACGGCCGGUGGGAAUUUCGUGAGAGGCGCCGGCGUUUAUGGCAGCGCGAAUGGCACGUCAUCUGGAGUUGCGCCGCUGGCUCAUGUGGCUAUGUACAGAGUCUGCGGAGUCCAGGGCUGCCCCGAGAGCGCCUUGCUCGCCGGAAUAGACGCUGCCAUCGGAGACGGCGUGGACAUAAUGUCAAUGUCGCUGGGUGUUGCAUCGGUCCCUUUUUACAGCGACAGCGUCGCAUUAGGCGCCUUCCGGGCGGUGGAGAAGGGUGUCUUUGUCAGCUGCUCCGCCGGGAACAGGGGACCUUCCUCUGGUUCCGUCUCCAACGCUGCUCCGUGGGUCCUCACUGUAGGCGCUAGCACCGUUGAUAGGAGAUUGGCGGCCACGGUAGUGCUCGGAGACGGCCAGAAAUUGAGCGGGGAAGCGAUGUUCCAGCCGCGUAACUUCUCCUCUGCUCAUUUGGCAUUGGUUUUUCCUGGAGCCAGAGACAAUACCUCUUCCAAAUGUAGCCCGGGCACGUUGGACAAAGCCGAGGUUGCUGGAAAAAUUGUCAUGUGUGAAAGGAGCGGAUCAAUCGCUGCACCUGCCGAAUCCAUGAAAAUCGCCGGUGGCGCAGCCAUGAUUUUGGUGAACGGAGAAUCCGCAGGCUACAGUUUAAACUUAGUAGCAAAUCAAAUUCUCCCCAUGUUACAGCUCAGCUUCAAAGACGCAUGCAAAAUCAAAACCUACCUAAAUAACACUUCCACUCCAACCGCCAAAAUCGUGUUCCAAGGAACUCAAAUAGGCGAUCCUCACGCCCCAUACGUAGCGUCAUUUUCGUCACGAGGCCCGAACAGACAAAGCCGUGGAAUCCUCAAACCAGACAUCAUCGGGCCCGGAAGCAACAUUCUCGCAGCUUGGAUCGGAGACAAUAAAGGUCAAUUCAACAUCAUCUCGGGCACCUCCAUGGCGUGCCCUCAUGUCAGCGGCGUCGCAGCGCUGCUGAAAAGCGCGCACCCAGACUGGUCGCCAGCUGCAGUUCGGUCCGCCAUCAUGACCACUGCGUACCGCAUCAACCUCAGUGGCAAACCGAUUGAAGAUCAUAACCUCCUUGCUGCUGACCCUUACUCAAUAGGUAGUGGCCAUGUCAAUCCUAUAAAAGCGAAUAACCCCGACCUGGUUUAUGACCUCCAACCAGAGAAUUACAUUCCCUACUUGUGCGGCUUGAAUUACACCGACCAGCAAGUCGGCAUCAUCGUUCAGCGCAGGGUCAAUUGCUUGAGUGUGACACCUAUUGCCGAUGCAGAACUGAACUAUCCAUCGUUUUCAAUCAAUCUUGGAUCGUCAGCUAAGUCAGUGACGUAUACAAGGACGGUUACAAAUGUUGGGGGAGCGAAUUCGUCGUACCAUGUUAAGAUCGCUGCGCCACGAAAAGUGAAAGUGAGUGUAGAGCCAGCGCAACUGAAAUUCUCUAAAGUGGGACAGAAACUGAGUUAUAAAGUGAGCUUCACCCGGUUAUCUAUUCCGGCCGUGGAAACUGUUUCUCAAGGAUUGCUUAGCUGGAUUUCUGCGGAUCACUUGGUCGCAUCUCCGAUUGCAGUUACAUAUGAACAUCAUUAACCUCUUCUUCAACUUCAAGCAUCCCGAAACAUGCAUUAUAAUAAAAUUUGUUGUUAUUGGAAGUGUCGAAUAC